AUCAUCAUUGAACAAUGUCAUAAUCACAAGAACUCUUUUCUGACUUCAAAAAAGAAGGAGGUUCUCCAUUCGUCGGAAUCUUUUUUUAAAGAGAAUAAUUAAAAAAAAUCAAUUCAAUUUUCUGAACGAAAUAGUAUCCGUCAAUGUCAUUCUAAUGCGGAAGUGGAAUUUUGAUUUGAACUAAGUAUAACGCUACUAAAAUUAGAAGAACAAAUCGCGUACCAAAAUUUAAAUAAUACGUAUGAUUUUUAAACCUGCCGUAUAAUAACCGUAUGACGCAAAAUUUUUGACGUAUUUAACUAAUGUCAAACAAAGUAAUGAUGUUUUUAAUUUUUAAGUUCAAAUAAAUGUAAUUACACAGCUAAUUCUCGAUACGUGUUAUCUCCCAUCCACAUAUUUUUAUUGUCAUAAAGCCGCCCCGCACGUGCCGAGGUGUACUUUCUUCAGUUUAUCGUGUAAUUUGUAUUGUUAUGUUUAACGACUCGUGAACUCGACCCUUAGUGCUCGAAGUGUUUUUAUUGUAAUAAAUCUUCCUGCUCCGAUAAUAAUGCAGUUAAAUACUUUAAUAGUUAUUGUGCUACUUUCGGGUACAAUUACUGUUGCACAGGAGAGAAAGAUAUCAUCAAAAGUCAAUCCAGGCUGUAAAACCUGUACAAAUGACACAAUCUUAAUGUAUGUCAGAUGUGACGGUGCAUCCGACACCAUCCACCAAAUAUGGGACUUCACAAGAAGCAUACCUACUGUUAUAUUUGCAGUGACAAAACUAAAAUCAUCACUAGAUAUUGUUUGGGAUGGGAACAACCCAACAGGAUUUUAUAUGUCUGAGACACCUUUAUAUAGUUUUGCUACAGCAUUAGAUAAAAUCUACGAAUAUAAUGAUUUAAAAGACAACGGCCAUUUCGACCCAAACCUGCCCCACCAUAUCCACAAUCUAGAUCACAUGAUGUGGCACGUGAAAGAGAUAAGUACAACAGAGAAGGAAGCCAUGGUGCGGGUUUAUGGGACUCUGAAUAACGAUAGAAGUGAAGAACAUGGCACUGUUGCGAUCAAGUUGGACCUAAUCCCAUUCAAAGACUAUGCUGUGGAACUACCCCAUCUGAUCCACACUGCCAACUCGACACAGUUCGACGUCAGCCUGGUGAACCUGACCAGCACGCCGGGGUAUAACGCGUCGCGGUUCGCGCUGCACCUGCUGCUGGUCAGCACGGACUCCGCCACCGAGACCAUGCGCUACACCAUGCGGAAGAGCUUGGACGAUGAGCACACGCCCGGAGUGUUUGAGGUGAUAGAGAUCAAAACGCCAGCGCUGCACAAUUACGCAAUCGGCGGGUACCUGCAGUUCCGGCCGGUGGGGUACGUCCAGGCUGAGCGCGGCGUUGCCAGCUCGACCAUAGCUCACGUGUCUUACUUCAAUAGGACAAGUCUUCCAGUACGCAGCACGAUGAAGACGUUCUACGACGAGUUCGGACGAGCGAACCUGCUCGUGCAGGACAUGAUGGUCUCCUUCGGCGAGGGCGGCGACGGGUACUACGCGCAGCACAACUACACCGCGUGGUCAUUCGCAGUGGGGUACGGGUCCCCGCCCACCGACAGCUUCUCCUGGUACGUGGUGCUGAUCAUAUCCGGCGGGCUGUUACUGCCCGUGCUGCUCGCCGUGUCCGGGAUGGUCUACGUACUGGUACGCAGGCACCGCCAGCGGUACAACAGCAGGGCCAUGUUCGCUAACGAGGACUAGUUGUAGCUGAGGGGGCAUCCGUUUGUUACACUAGGCUUUUCUGACCCCCCACCCCAUUCCUAUCCCCCUCUGGUGAGAUCCAAAUGGUCCAGGUGGUCCCAGGGGUCUACGGAAGACUCGGAGGGGCUCUACGUUAAAGUGACAUAAAAAUGGGGUUCACGAUUCGUAAGCGGGGGUCCACGAAACUUUAUUUGGUUUCAUAUUGAAUGGGAAGUUUUGUAAAUAAAAUAGUUUGUGUUUUGAUUGCUUCCUUGUGCUGUGAGUAGAUAUUAAAAAUUGAAGUUGGCUGAAAGAACUUUUUCCUUGGACAAUUUUAUUGAUUUAUAUGAUUCACAUACAAUCAAUUAUUUAUUUAACUAAGUUAUCGUUUCUCACAAUGUUUUUUUUAACGGUAAUUUUGUGGUGGCUGAUUUGGCUGCAACGAAAAUUUCCAUAGGUGAAUCUAACCACAUGUUUUGGAUAGAAAAGCGGGGGGUCCACUGGAACCACUUGUAUUAGAAGUCUAUGAGAAAAAAAAGUUUGGGAACCUCUGGGCUAGACUCUUGAUUUUUCAAAAUUUGUAUCAUUUUUAACCCAAUCCAUAAAAAACCGGGUUAUAAAAUUUGUAUAGGUUUUUUUGUGCAUGAAGGUGUUUUUAUGUAAAUUUGACAAUUUGCAUCAUUAUUUUUAAUAUAAACAACAAUGAUAAUUUGUUUUAUAAUCAUCAAUAAUUCGGGUAAAAUUAUAAAUAAUGUUUAACUUUAUACAUUUUUACGCGACUUCUCGAUCUUUGAAACAGAUUUUUAUUUGCGACUAUGAGUCAUUUUCCUUUAAAGAAAUAUUAUUGUGUAGGUUUUAAAAAACCCAAGUGCCUUUUGAUAUUAUAGUAUCUAACUUUAAGCUCUCAGAUGCUGUCAGUUUAUAUUUUAAUUUUGUUUCUAUUUAUUCAAUCUUGAUUUAUACUCUUUUUAGUGUUCUUUUCCCGGUCAGGUAUUUUUGAAUUAUUUAUUUUAUCUUGCUAUUUUACAAUUUAUUUAUCGAGAAUUACGAGUAAUUAGUGUAUUAGAAAAUCCCCUCCUCUCUUCCCUGAACAUUUAAAGUAAUAUAUGGAUGCCCCGUAUAAGUAUGUAAAUUGUAAAACAAAUAUUGGUAAAGCUGCAGGCAAGCGAUGUUCAUUUAAAAAAAUAUUCUGCAGAGUUCUUGAGGCUUGAUUUAUUAGAAAGGCUGCAAUGUAUGUUUUGUAUACUUGCUAGCAAAUGAAGACCAAAUAUCUAAGUUGUUAGUGUUUUUCAGAUAGCAUGGGUAUGGUGACAGGUCGUUUCAGUCUUGAAAGUAUGCCGCGAUUCACGAUAAUCAGGCGAUGUCACCUUCCCAUGCUAUUUGAAAAUACAAAAAAAAAUCGGUUUACCGACGAUAGUUGAACGUGACAACGUCAUAAGAAAAUACUGAUGGAAUUGUUGCAUUUUUCAAAAUAAAAUGUUCGUUUUUCUAAAAUAUGUUUAAUAUCUUCAUAGACCAGAAUAUACUUUUUAUAAUAUAUAUAUUGUAAAAAAAGUUGGCAACCCUAGAACGGCGCAUGACGUCAUCUUUUUUUGAGUGUGCAGCCGGCUCCAUCGAAUUAUAAGACGUUGUCACGUCAAAAACACUUUCGGGAGGCUGUACUUUAAUGCAAGAGGUCUUGGCCACUUGGUCAUUUAGUUUCGCUUAGGUAAUAAAAGACAUGGCUAUAUAAUAAUCUUAAAAACUAAUAUAACUAUUAAAAUUAUCAUUUGGUAUUUGCUCUCCAAAAUGUACCAAAGAUCUCAGUAUACAUAUAUGUUAAGUUUCAAGUUUAACAUAAUUUUAAUACUGGUUUUGUAGAUAUUAGGAGAAAUACGUAACUUUAACAACAUAUUAGCGCUCGAUUGCUGCCAUUGAAAACUCUAGUAAAUGGAUUAAUCUCAGUGAGGUUUUUAAAUCUAUUUAACGCACACUGAUCAACAUAGACCAGAUUUUUUUUUCCUUCUUCUGGUCAUAACCUGAUUUAAAAUAAAUUAAAUUAUAGCAAUUUAUCUAAAUUAAAUUGUAUACUGUUUUUUUAUAGUUUAAACAGAUAGCCCUGGAUUCAAGCAAUUUGAAUAUAAAACUUUACAGUGCAGAGCAUUUGUACGUGUUCUUAACAAUUUCAUCUUAAUUUUGUUAUAUUAUUUAUUUAAAAUCGAGUAAAAUUACCCCAUUAACUAUUACUUAUAAAUAAAGUGUAUUAUAAUGUAAAUUGUAACGAAAACUUUAUUGUGUAAUAGAUAACAAUGUGUAAAUUAUAGAAAAUAUUAGAUAAUUAUUUCACACCGAACUAUAAUCUCCCUUUUUAAUAUAAUUUUUAUAGAAUAUUGUUUGCUAGCAUUGUAUUAUGAUGUGAUAUUAUUGUUUUUUAUUGGAUAAAUGUAUUAUUAUAAUAAUAAUAAUAAUAAUAAUAAUAAAGUCUUUAUUUUUCAUACAAAUUAGUAAUACAAUUUUUUUUUUUUUUUUUUUUUUAUUUUACGUUUGCAUGAAUCCCAUUGUAUUGGGUAUAGGCCUCCUCCAGCAAUUUCCACUUUCGUCUGUCCCGUCCUGACCUCAACCAAUCCCCACCAGCCACUUGAGCAAUGUCGUCUGUCCAGCGCUUCUGAGGUCUGCCAACUCUCCUUUUGCCUAGUGGACCCUGCCAUUCAGUGACCCUAAGUGUCCACCUGGCGUCUUUCAACCGCGAUAUAUGUCCUGCCCAUUGCCAUUUCUGUUUCAAGGCAUGUUUUAAGGCGUCUGUGACUCUGGUUCUUUCUCUGAUCAUUUUAUGUCUGACUUUAUGGAUUUUUUUCAAUUUCAGCAUACUGCGUUCCAUUGCCCUCUGACAUGACCUUACUUUGCCUUUGGUUUUGUUAUCAAACACCCAUGUUUGGCUGGCAUAUGUUAGGCAUGGUAAAAUACAGGUGUCCAUUACUAUUUUUUUGUGUUUUGAAAUAUAGUUUCCUUUAAAAAUCUCCUUUUGUGCCCAGUAUCUG